AUGGUGACUGACUUUAGUCGUAAAAUCACGGAAAAGGCCGGCAAACAGUUGGAAGUUGUUGUUUCCAACCCGGCUGCUGCUGCCCGUAAACAGGGGAAAUCUAGGCAUGUCUCCUCUAGCAGUGAGGAGAGUGAUGGUAGUUUGGCAGAGAUGUCAGUUACCCCAAAGCCUCGUUCAAAGCGUGUUCAGCAUUGUGAAAAGUCCCCAAAAGAAUCGGGACAUGAGGCAGAGGGGCCUAGUAAGAACAAUGCUGAUUUUGCUUCUUUAGGCCAAACUAAUAUCACAGAGGAUUGUCUUGAGAGAUCCAUGGUGAUCGAUCCUAUUCCACCCCUAGAAGUUGAGGAGAUGGAGGCCCAGUCUGCGCCUGUGACAGAAUUGCCGACUGUCUCAUUUUCAGUGUCUGGUGCUGACAUUCACAGAAAUUUUGUAGCAGAAUCCACUGAGGAUCCUGUGAGUCCUAAUGACCCACAAUGUGACGUGCGUCCCCCUCAGGACAUUCCUUUACCAGAGGAGGUGACACUGGAAGAGGCCAACUCGAACUGCAGACCCCUUACAGACGAUGAUAUGUUUUUUGAAUACGAAUAAGGUCACAGUGAGUCCGAUGUAGAAUCUUCGUCAGUGGCAAGUACGACUUCAAGCCGCUGAUUUUACUGAACAUCUCCUUCAGGAUGCUGCCACCAAUCCACACAGUCUGGAAGAUGCUGCCACCUUGUGGCAGGCACUUGACAAUGCAGUU